AUGGCGACACCGCGAAGGCAUGGGUGCAUGCUCUGCGCGGAGGUGGUCAUGUGUAUAUUCCUCGUCAUAGCACCGUUGAGCACGGCGAUUGGUGUCAACUAUGGCACCAAGGGUGACAACCUUCCGUCACCGGCCAAGGUUGCGGCAUUCCUCGUGACCCGCACAAACAUUGACCGUGUAAAGCUGUUUGACACCAACCCGGACAUUGUUCGGGCCUUCGCCGGCACGGGCAUCUCAGUAAUGGUCACAGCAGGCAACGGCGACAUCCCUGGCCUCGCCACCCAGACCGGCGCCGACUCAUGGGUCGCUACCAACAUCGCGCCAUACUACCCUGCGACAGAUAUAUCUCUCGUCGCCGUGGGCAACGAGAUCAUGGACACGGCCGACAAGAAUCUCAUCGGCAACCUCGUCCCCGCUAUGCAGACACUCAAGGCCGCGCUCGUCACGGCUGGCUACGGCAAAAUUCGUGUUUCCACGCCAAGCUCACUCGGCAUCCUGGUUGACGCCCAGCCGCCGUCCGCGGCUCGGUUUCGCGAUGUCUGGGAUGUUGCCAUCUUCACGCCGAUGCUCCAAUUUCUCCGGAAGACCAAGUCCCCACUCAUCGUGAACACGUACCCGUACUUUGGGUACAACGGUGACACGCUACCGUACGCGCUGGCGCGGCCGAACCCUGGCGUGCUAGACACGGGUACGGGCAUCACAUACACGAGCAUGCUUGAGGCACAGCUUGACUCGGUGUACUCUGCAAUGAAGAAACUUGGGUUUGAGGACGUGGAGAUCCUGGUGGGGGAGACCGGGUGGCCGACUAAGGCGAUGGACGGGCAGAUAGGCGUGAGCCCGGCCGAGGCGGCGGAGUACAACAAAUAUCUCAUCGGUGAGGUUAGCUCCGGGUCAGGCACACCGCUCAUGCCAAAGCGGAAGUUCGAGACGUACAUAUUCGCGCUCUUCAACGAGGACCUCAAGCCCGGGCCCGUGGCCGAGCGCAAUUUCGGGAUGUUCCAGCCAGACUUCACGCCGAUGUAUGACAUUGGCAUCAUGAAAGAUCCGGUCAAAACGGCACCGCCUAUGGCCGCCACAGCUCAUGCCUUGGAGGCCGCGGGGCCUACAGAGGCGAACGGCUCGAACAGCGCCAAGGCGUCCGCGCCGGCAGGCAACAAAUCCUCGACCAAUGACAGGACGCCGGAGGAAGUGGAAGGACUGGAUACUCCGUCAUCGGCGAAGGGCGAGCCGUCAGAAUUGGACUCGUCGGAGGCAGCAGCCAAGGGUGGUGACGGCGAAGAAGAAAACAGUGAGAAAACCAAACCCAAAGAAGAGAGUGCAACGCCGCCGGCGGCCGGAGCUGCUUCAGAAGCCACCAACUUUCUUUUUCCGAUCCCUUGCAUACUUGCAGUUGCGCUCUGUCUAACUGUCCAUGUCUAAUCUUCCGUCUCUACACUUUAGCUGGACACAUGUAAUUACACCAAUUAAGAACGGUGCUAGGCAGAAGCACUUUACGGAAGACGACGAAAAAUUACCCUCA